AUGCCUUCCUGCGUCUCGCUCGAGAACUUCUCCGACCUGAGCCACAUCCAGAUCAUCAAGAAGGCUGGCGGGCAAGCUGGGCGACUCGGCUUCAUCCUGGACAAGGAGAUUGGCGUCAACCAGCCCAAGCGUCUGGAGAAGGCCAAGAUACUGGUGGCUGACGCGUCGAGAGACAAAGACAAGACCAAUAUCUUUGGCGCCUGCGUCAAGGUGGGGACGAGCAGCAAGCUGGCCGACCUCGAGAAGGCGGGGGAGAAGAUGAAUAUCAAGGUGGAGAAGAUUAAGGCGCACGGCAUCAACAGCUUCAUAAACAGGCGGCCCACGGAAAUACGGUUCCAAUGCGGUCCGGGCGGUGACGGAAAGCAUCGAUGGAAAGAGUCGGCCAGGGCGAUGAUAAUGUCUUGCUAUCAAGAAACAGAGAAACGACAGAACCCAAGCAUGACGGCCCAUUACAACUCAAACUGCACCCAAAUCAAGUCAAGCUUGCCCGCAGCAACACCGUGCGCCUUCUCGCUCUGUCCUUCAUCCUCUCCUGCGGCAGAAACACCUUGCAAUAUCAGUUCAGCCACUCCUGUCGCUCUCGUGACGUUACUCGCGGGCCCAAAGAAUGAAUGCGUACCAGACGACUAA